AUGAAUAAUGAAAGAGAAUCGCAAGAAAGUAGGGAUCGCAGGUAUAGAUCGGUUAGAAGGUAUAGAUCGAAUGCAACUCCAAUCGAAAAAUUGGAGAAUCUUCGGCAAGCAUGGAGAUUAAUAUGGGAUUUAGAAAAUUAUGGACCGGCUGGUUUGAUUCAUCUAGCUGCUUUAGCUUAUGUAACGGGUGCACCCAUAAGAAUAUGGAGAUCGGGUCAUGAACUAAUGCAGACAAUUGGUGAAAAUGAACAAGGUACUCCAAUAGAUAUAGAGUAUCAUACAAACAAUCAAGAAGGGCAUUGGACCUUUCGUGGAAGAGGUCAGCCGAAAGAUAUCCAUCAUGAUUUAAACAAUUGUCUUUUUUCUGUAAUCGCCGAGCAAACAGGAAUAAAUGCCUCCGAAUUGAGGCAAGAAACUAUUAAACAACUGAAAAGAAACGUAAGAUUACUGGCAGAUUACAUAACAGAAAUUAAAUGGCUCGAGGAGAAUAAAAAAAUAGUUUUGUUAAUCGGUGGCGCUCGUUAUACUGGUACAACGUCGGCAGAUGCAAAAGCAGUUUUAGAUGAUUCUCAUAAUAGAAAAUGUUUUCAAUAUAAUGCACUGGGUCAUCCUAGAAAGCAUGCCGCUGGUCCGAUAGGCUGUGAUGAUUGUGCUCAAAGCUUUCCUGAAUGGAAAACUGCUUUUCUUAGUAGCGAUGAUCAAGAUCUUGCCGCACAUAUUGCGUUGUCUAGCUCUGCUGCUCAAAUGGCUAUACAAAAAUUGAAUGAAGGCUCAAAGAGCGAAGUGGUUUAUUUAUGGCCAAAUAACGUGCAUGAUCCGACGGGAGCAUUUAAAAAAGGCAUGCAUUUUUCUAAUCAUAAGCCAACAUCGAAUGAAAUAGAAAUUGAGAAACUGGUGCUCAUUCUUAGACACCAUGAUGGUGAAGAAAAGAAUCCAGACGCUCCUGUAUUUGUACAUACAUUUUAUCCUUUUGUACCAAGGAAAUAA